GCGGCGGUUAGAACCGCGGCAGUUAGAACGAGGCAAAGGACAGGCAGCCAAGGGGCCGUGGAGGGGGAGGGGAAAAGGUUGAAAGUAUGAGACGUGCUGGAAGAGACUGGGAUCAUGGACGCAAAGAAGCUUACGGAGGAAGGCGGGACCGUCAUUCUGAGGAGCCACGAGCCAGCUUCUCAAGCGGAAGGAGCCGGACCCGUGAGGAGGUCGUGACGCCGCCUCUGCCUGAACAGACUACCUCAGGCUCCCCAAUGGCCACGGCUGUGGAUUUUAAAACUUAUGUAGAUCAGGCAUGUAGAGCUGCUGAGGAAUUUGUCAAUAUUUACUAUGAGACAAUGGACAAAAGAAGACGGGCACUGACCAGGCUGUAUCUUGACAAGGCCACUUUAAUAUGGAAUGGAAAUGUUGUUACAGGGCUGGAAGCCCUAGCUAAUUUUUUUGAUGUGUUGCCUUCUAGUCAGUUCCAGGUUAAUAUGUUAGAUUGCCAACCAGUUCAUGAGCAAGCUACUCAGGCCCAGACUACAGUUCUUGUUGUGACCAGUGGAACUGUGAAGUUUGAUGGCAACAGACAGCACUACUUCAAUCAGAACUUCCUGCUAACUGCUCAGACUACUUCUAACAACACUGUGUGGAAGAUUGCAAGUGAUUGUUUCCGUUUUCAAGAUUGGGCUAGUAGCUAAAGGGGGUGAAAGUCCAUUCUCCUUCAGUUCAUUAGUUUCAGCAGCAAUUUGUGUGCAUUAAUUUCAUUGUGGAAGCACGAUAAACUAGUAUGUUCUGUAACUAAAUUUCAUAGAUACAUUAUUCCUGGCAGCAACUUUUCUAGUGGCUGCCAGUUUUAGUUAUUGCCCUUAAGAGCUUUAAUGCUAGUAUUUCACAUGCCUUACAUACAUUUCACUAAUGACAGUUUUACAGUAAUAUUAUAAACAUAUGAUCUUUAUUAACAUACUGUGAGCCCAGCGUAUUGCAAAAAUAAAAUCCUUUUAUACUACUGUCUACAGGAUAUCAGCACAAUCUAACUGGGAGGAAGUGGAGUAAUUUUUUUCUCAUUAGGCUAAUUUGGUAGUAGAACACAUAGUUAUUUUCAGUAAACACUAGUAAUAUGGUUUUGGUAUAAGGCUUUUCAUAUCAGUUUGGUGAAAAAUUUACCAGUUUUUGUUUGCAUAACUACUCUGACAUAUUAGAAUCACAUGUAGGGAUAUUUAGUGAUAUUUUUUUCAUGUUACAUAAUGUUUCCUAUGUUUACAUGUCCUUAUGAAGUGAAUUAAUCUACUAAAGAGGUACAUGUUCUUGAGUAUUGGACAUACUCAGUGACUUAAAAGCAAAACUACUUAAGAUUUUCUUGGCAGCUCCAGGUUUAUAACUUGAGGUAGUGAAUAGUACUGAGACUAAUAGCUUUCAUAGGAGAAUAGGCAGUGAGAAAUAUAGUGAUCCAAGGUUGGUCAAAAGUUAGGAGGGCUGGCUUGUUUUGGUACUUGUUUUCUGCCUUCUAAAAAUGUAGCCUGUUUUUAGGAUUUAAGUCACUAAGGUAGUAUUCCCAAAUGGGCAUGAGUGUCACAUUCUAAAAAUUAUUUUUGAAGAUAUUUCCAGUUUACCUCAUACUUAACAGCAAUAUAUGUCUCAAUUUAUUCAAGAAUUUAAUGGGGAUAAAAUGUCAGCAAUAAACCUGUCCCUGUAGCAGGGUCUGACAGCAAAGUUGGAAACAAAGCCAUUGCUCUCUCUUUGGAACAUCCUUAACUUCUAAGUCUUCCAUGUGAACUUCAGGCCAAAAGUCUCCUAUGUAUUAUCCACUCCCAAAGUGAUUCCUUCCCUGUGUUUCACAUUAUGACCUGCAGUAUCUUUGUUUAUUCAUUCAAGUUAAAAUUGUUUAAUUUAUGAUUUGUUCUUCCAUAUGGCAUUGUAAGCAAAUAGCUUUAUUUUAAAACAUGUUACAGUUAAAUGGCUCUUUGUCUUCUUAAUAAGAAAAUAGAGAGCAGCAGAUCUUCAUUAGCCCAUAAACUUCUAAAAAACAAAUUGAUUCAUUUUAUGUCUCAACAUCUAACAUCUAAAGAGAAAGAAAUAACACCUUUGGGUUUUGGUUAAACUUUAAAUGUUUUUUCAUUCUUGAAUUUAUUGUAAUGUUUUUAAGCUAGAUAUGCCAGCUUUGUUUCUAUGUUACAACUCAAAGUUAAUGUUUGUCGUCAUUUCAUUUGAAAACUACUAAUUCAUUUACUUGUCCAUCAAACAGCUCCUUGUAUUUCUGAUAUAUUAACAAAAUAGAAUUGAAUUGGAGAAAGGGGUAGGAUUGAAAUUUAGACCACUCUUUCUUAUAAUGCUAAUCAAAUCUUAUACUUCAUUCAAAAUGAACUUAUUCUGAUUUUGGAUUGGCUUUUAAAAUCAGAGCAGCACCAGUCAUCAGAAUAUGCAAACACUGCCGUUUCCCUUAUGGAGAACAGUCUCAAGUAAAAGCUGCAUUUAACUAGCAAUAAGUAAGUUGAGCGGUUGUUUACUAUUCAUGAACUGAAUGUUUGAAGACUUGUGUAUGAACUGCUUUUUCUGAAUUCUGUAUAACUUAAAUGUCUGGAACUAUUGUAUGGACUAGACUGUAUUUUUGACAUGCACAUAUUUUUGUAACCUGAAAAAAAUAAAAUUUGUCUUGGCAAGUUUUCUCAAA